AUGCCGGGGUUUGCCAAAUAUUUAAAGGAUUUGAUCACCAAAAAGAGGAUCACAAAGAAUGAGGUGGUAAGCAUGACUCACCGUGUUAGCUCUAUUAUUGCCACGAACCCUGUCCAAAAGAAAGAGGACCCGGGAGCAUUUACUAUUCCAUGCACUAUCGGGGAGCGUAACAUUGCUAGAGCCCUUUGUGACAAUGGGGCUAGUAUCAACUUGAUGCCACUUUCCAUUUACAAGCAAGCGGGAUUAGGGAUGCCAAGGCCAACAAGCAUGAGGUUACAAAUGCUCGACCGAUCUAUUAAGCGACCGGUAGGAAUUGUUGAUGAUGUGAUUGUAAAAGUUGGAGAAUUCCAUUUGCCCGCCGACUUCAUAAUUCUUGAUUGUGCGGUUGAUAAAGAAAUCCCUAUCAUUUUGGGGAGACCAUUCCUAGCCACGGGAAGAGCACUCAUGGAUUCGGAGCGGAACGAAAUUAAAUUUCGGGUAAAUGAUGAAGAAGUCACAUUUCAAGCGAGCAAGGGUAUGAAGUUACGCCAUGAGUAUGAGAGCAUUCCAGUGAUAGAUGUGGUUGAUGAGGUGGAAGAUACCAUCGAAUUGAAAAUGGAAGAACAAUGCCUUGGUGAGGCAUUGGCGGCCAUCUUGGUAAAUUUUGAUGGUGAAGACAUGGAUGGGUACAUGGAGUCGGUAAAUGCAUUGGAGGGUCUUGGAUCCUAUGUCGAUACUCCGCCAAAGCUUUCUCUUGACCUGGAGAAUAGGGCCACACCUCCCGCAAAGCCAUCAAUCAUUGAGCCACCACAAUUAGAGCUCAAGCCACUUCCUCCGCACUUAAGGUAUAAAUUUCUUGGCCCUAAUGAUACUUUACCCGUAAUUGUUUUGUCUUUGUUAAAUGAUGUGCAGGUAAACCAAUUAUUGGAUGUCUUGAAAGUGCAUAGGCAAGCCAUUGGAUGGACAAUUGCGGCCAUCCCCGGGAUCCCCGCGGGAAUUUGUGAACAUAAAAUCCAAUUGGAAAGCGAGACGAAACCAAGUGUGGAACAUCAAUGUCGGUUGAACCCACCAAUGCAAGAGGUAGUCAAGAAAGAGAUUAUCAAGUGGUUAGAUGCUGGGGUAGUCUACCCCAUUGCUGACAGUUCUUGGGUGAGCCCGGUGCAAUGCGUACAGAAAAAAGGAGGCAUGACCGUGAUCGAAAAUGAAAAGAAUGAGCUCAUCCCAAUGAGAACGGUGACUGGAUGGCGGGUGUUUAUGGACUAUAGGAAGCUUAACAGUGCUACAGGCAUUGUGCUAGGGUACAAAAUUUCAAAGAAUGACAUUGAGGUCGACCGGGCUAAAAUUGAGAUCAUUUCUAAACUUCCUCCACCUACCUCCGUCAAAGGUGUUCAGAGUUUCUUGGGUCAUGCCGGGUUUUAUAGCUACUUCAUCAUGGACUUCUCCAAGAUUGCUAAUCCUAUGAGCAAACUCCUUGAAAAAGAUGCCAAGUUUGUGUUCGAUGAGAAAUGCCUCAAAGCCUUUGAGGAAUUAAAGCUAAGGCUCACCAAGUGGCGUGGCCAUAGGAGUGAUGCUUGGCCAACGUCACAAAAAGUACUUCAUCCGGUCUACUAUGCAAGUAAAACACUCAAUGGGGCACAAAUGAAUUACACGGUCACCGAGCAAGAGCUUCUUGCCAUUGUUUAUGCCUUUGAGAAGUUCCGGGCCUAUUUGUUGGGAUCCAAGGUGGUGGUGUACACAGAUCAUGCAGCUCUCCGCUAUCUCAUGGCAAAGAAGGAUGCAAAGCCUCGGUUGAUUCGAUGGGAGGCAGGGAGACCAAAUGAAGAGCUUGAAAUCAAUGAUGCAUUCCCGGAUGAGCACAUAUUCGCAUUAUCUAGCACUUUUGCUCCUUGGUAUGCCGAUAUUGCUAAAUACUUGGUUAGUGAUCUUAUCCCGGACGGAUUGGAAUCUUAUCAAAGAAAGAAGUUUUUGAGAGACUGCCGGCAAUACUAUUAG